AUGGAACAUUCUAAAAUUACCACUCUGCCACCGGUUCAAGACUCUUGCGUUAACUCUUGUGCUCAGCCGCCACCGUUGCCACCUCCGUCACCGCGGAAGCCACUUUACUGUAGUAGGUCGUCAUCACCUCCACCUCCGGCGAAGUUCAUGUACGACACCGGUGUGCCUGGAGAACUUUACCGGACCGAGCCGAUUGAUCAGUGGGGCUACUACUCUAGUGCAAACCGGAUUUCCGUUAAGUACCUCGUGGUUAUGAUUAUAAUUGUGGGUUUGGAGUUGUUAUAA